CGAUGUCGGCGGCGGAUCAAGGAAGAGGGGGCAGCGUUGAGAGGGACAUCGAGCAGGCUAUAAUUGCUCUUAAGAAAGGAGCUCAUCUCCUCAAGUACGGACGCAGAGGGAAGCCCAAGUUUUGUCCCUUUAGGCUGUCCAAUGAUGAGUCUAUACUAAUUUGGUUUUCUGGCAAAGAGGAAAAACACCUCAAAUUGAGUCAUGUGUCCAGGAUCAUGCCUGGGCAACGCACUGCAAUUUUUCAGAGGUAUCCGCGGCCUGAGAAGGAGUGCCAGUCGUUUUCACUUAUAUACGGCGAUAGAUCACUAGACCUUAUAUGUAAGGAUAAAGAUGAGGCUGAAGUCUGGUUUGCUGGUUUAAAAACAUUGAUAUCUCGCAAUCAUCAACGGAAAUGGAGAACAGGAUCAAGAAGUGAUGGGAUAUCAUCGGGAGCAAAUAGUCCAAGAACAUAUACCAGAAGAAGUUCACCUAUAAGCUCGCCACUUAGUAGCAGCGAGAGCGUGCAGAAGGAUGGAAGGGAUCCUCUUCAGUUUAGAAGUCCAUUUGGGAGCCCCCCAAAGAAUGGUCUGGAUAAUGUCUUAUCUGAUGUACUGCAUGCAUUACCGCCAAAAGGUUUCUUUUUACCUCCGAAAGGUUUUUUACCUUCAGACUCUGCAAUUGGCUCAGUCCAUUCAUUGUCAUAUACUUACUCAGACAGUAAGCAUGGGAACAUGAAAGGCACCACAACGGAUGCAUUUAGAGUAAGUUUAUCAAGUGCUGUAAGUUCAUCAAGUCAAGGUUCUGGCCAUGAUGAUGGUGAUGCCCUAGGUGAUGUUUUUAUAUGGGGAGAAGGAACUGGAGACGGAAUUCUAGGUGGUGGGGGCAACGGAGCUCGAAGCUCUUCUUCUACUAAGUUAGAUUCUCUCAUAACAAAAGCUUUAGAAUCUGCUGUUAUACUUGAUGUUCAGAAUAUUUCUUGUGGUAAAAGACAUGCCUGUUUAGUUACUAAACAGGGAGAGAUCUAUUCUUGGGGUGAGGAAUUAGGAGGUAGGCUUGGGCACGGUGUAGAUUCUGAUGUCUCACAACCGAAACUCAUUGAUUCUCUAGCCAAUAUGAAUAUUGAACUUGUAGCAUGCGGAGAGUACCAUAGCUGUGCUGUUACACUGUCUGGAGACCUCUACACAUGGGGUGAUGGUACCUUUGGGCGCCUUGGGCAUGGAAAUGAAGUAAGUCACUGGAUGCCAAAAAGAGUGAAUGGACCUUUGGAGGGAAUUCAUGUUUCAUCAGUUUCCUGUGGACCUUGGCAUACUGCAGUUGUAACUUCAUCUGGGCAGUUGUUUACUUUUGGAGAUGGAACUUUUGGUGUUCUUGGUCAUGGAGAUCGUAGAAGUAUCUCAAUACCCAGGGAAGUAGAAUCACUGAAGGGGCUAAAAACAGUGCGGGCAGCAUGUGGUGUUUGGCAUACAGCUGCAGUUGUAGAAAUUAUGACUGGAAAUUCUAAUUGCAGUAACUGUCCUUCAGGGAAACUCUUUACAUGGGGGGAUGGAGAUAAGGGUCGCCUUGGGCAUGGUGAUAAGGAACCAAAACUUGUGCCUACUUGUGUUGCUGCCUUAGUUGAGCCAAACUUUUGCCAGGUUGCAUGUGGGCAUACCAUGACGGUUGCUCUUGCUAGUUCAGGCCAUGUUUACACAAUGGGCAGUAGUGUAUAUGGCCAACUUGGAAAUCCACAUGCAGAUGGGAAGCUCCCUGCCCGUGUUGAAGGAAAACUCCUUAAAAAUUUUGUUGAAGAGAUAUCAUGUGGUGCUUAUCAUGUUGCAGUUUUGACUUCAAGAACUGAAGUAUAUACAUGGGGUAAAGGAGCAAACGGUCGUUUGGGUCAUGGGGACACGAAUGAUAGAAGUUCCCCAUCUUUGGUUGAUGCCUUGAAAGACAAACAAGUCAGAAGCAUAGUUUGCGGUGCUAAUUUUACCGCAGCAAUUUGUAUUCAUAAGUGGGUAUCUGGUGCGGACCAGUCUAUCUGCUCAGGCUGCCGUCAGCCAUUUAAUUUUAAGAGGAAACGUCAUAAUUGCUACAAUUGUGCACUUGUUUAUUGUAAUUCUUGCAGCAGUAAGAAGUCUCUCAAGGCUUCCAUGGCACCAAACCCAAACAAACCAUAUCGAGUUUGUGAUGGAUGCUUUAACAAGCUAGGGAAGGCCUUUGAAACCGACUCCUCAUCUCAUUCUUCACUUAAUAGAAAAGGAAGCAUCAUCCAGGGUUUUAAUGAAAUGAUUGAGAAGGAGGACAAAUUGGAUUCAAGAUCUCACGUUCCAGUGUCUAGCUUGUCAUCAAAGGAGUCAUUUAAGCAUAUUGAUGGAAGAUCAAAGAAAAGCAAGAAGUUUGAAUUCAAUAGCAGCCGUGUAUCUCCUAUCCCAAAUGGAACGACAAAUUGGGGUGCCUUGAACAUUUCAAAAUCUUUAAAUCCAGUAUUUGGAUCAUCAAAAAAAUUCUUCUCAGCUUCUGUUCCUGGAUCAAGAAUUGUUUCUCGUGCAACAUCACCCACAUCAAGAAGAACCAGCCCCCUACGAUCAACAACACCAACACCAACUCUUGGUGGACUUACUUCUCCAAAGUUUGCUUUAGACAAUGCAAAUAAGUCAAAUGAGGAUCUGAGCCAAGAAGUUCUUCGGUUGAAGGCACAGGUAGAAAAUCUUACUCGUAAGACCCAACUUCAAGAUUUUGAGUUGGAAAGGACAACCAAACAGCUGAAAGAGGCAAUUGCUGUUGCAGGAGAAGAAACUGCGAAGUGCAAAGCUGCAAAAGAAGUUAUUAAAUCACUUACAUCCCAGUUGAAGGACAUGGCUGAAAGGCUACCUGUUGCAGCAGCAAGAAAUGGUGACAAACUCCCUUCUUUGCCUAGCUCAGCUUCAAGUGAUUUCUCUACCAAAGCUAUUGACCAAACGAGUAAUUUGAUGACCUCCCAUGAUCCGGAUUCGAAAGAUGAUGCCAGUGGAAUUGUAGCAAAUGCACCUAGUUCAAAUAAUCACCAACGAAAUAGAGUGGGUGCUCAUUCUGAAGUGUUAAGAAAUGGAAGCAAAUCACCAGAUGCAGAGCUGAAUCAUCAGUCUGAAUGGGUCGAGCAGGAUCAGCCAGGUGUUUAUAUUACACUGACUUCUUUACCUGGCGGUGUGAAAGAUCUUAAGAGAGUUAGGUUCAGCCGUAAGAGGUUCAGUGAAACCCAAGCAGCGCAAUGGUGGGCCGAGAACAGAGCCAGGGUUCAUGAGCAGUACGAUGUCCGAGUAGUCGACAACAGAUCUGCUGCUGGGGUUGGAAAUGAAUAGACAACUGAUCUUUCAAUCCAUAGUGAUUGAAAUAUUCUUUUAACUAAUUUUCUUUCUUUUUUGAACUAGUUUUUUUUUAGCCGCAAUCAUGAGUGAUCCCUCACUAAUCAAGUUUAUUGUAAAUGUGGGUUUAUUUAUUUAGCCCUUGAAGAAAAAAAGAUCGAUGGGCUGUGGUAUAAACGAAUGUGAGUUGGGGUUCUAGAUGUUUUUUUUCCCUUCUUCUUUCUCUUCCCUUCUCUUCUAUGAGAAAUGUAUAUUAUUAGUGUAGCCAAGCUGGUUAAUAUUCUUCCUUGUAAAUUCAUGAAUGAAUAUGUUUCCCUCCUCCGCCUCA